CGAAGAAAAGAUUGGUUAAGUACAUCCGACAGUUAUUUGUUCAAUACUUGCUAAUAUUUGACGAGUUAGAAAAAACGUAAUGAAUUUUGAAGCCUUACGUAAACUUUAUUUAUUAGAUUGUUGAUAGUAAGUGAAACAAAUUUUCCGAAAUCAAAAUGAGUCGACAUCAGAGAUGGAAAAGAUCUAAUGAAGUUACACUAGACAAAUUAAGAAGAACUAGCAUUUACUAACUAUUAACUGUUGCAACAAGGCUGGGUAAAUAGAUAUAGUAUCAAUAGAGAAUAGUGAAAGGUAGACAAAACCAUGUGAAAAGAAAGAAAGAAAAAUUAGGAUCAGAGCAACUGGGUUUCAUCUUAUCCUAAACAGAAUCUAGUUUAUAUGAUCAUCAUCAUAAUCUUUUCCAGUAAUGUUGUACUACGAAGUACUGCCAAGAAAAUUUUUAAGAAUCUGGAAAAUAAAACAAAUGAGUGUAUUAUUGUAUGAUUACUCAGCUCAAGACUUCUUUCUUUUGAAACAUAGUUAAAUAAAGACAACUUUUGUUUAUUUAACUUCCGAAGACAAAGUCGACUCAUUUAGUACAAAAUAUUUAUUAAUUUUAAGCAAUUGCCAUAAAUUAUAACAUUGUUCACAUUAACAUAGUAUGUCAAGUAGAGAAAAAAAAAAAAAGAUUGACAAAACACUAAAAUACACCAUUUUAUUUGAAUCAAUCCAUGAAUAAAAGCUUCAGUCCACGUUUAAAGAAGUAUUGAACUGCCCUGGUGUAAAAAACGAUGUUACAAAUCAUAGUUCAUCUAAUCUUAUGCUACUGCACUUUUCCAACCACUUAUGGUGUUGUGAUGGCUAAAAAAUCUCUACUGAACUGUGACAUUGCUAAAACUUAUUUUGUUACUGAGGGAUUUCUUCUUAGUGAAAUACCUAAGGAGCCUAUUCCAUCAAAAGAACUCAGAAUAUGUGGAGGAAUAAGCAGUGGUGGCUUGGUUUGCUGUACCUCAGACAUGGAGGAUCGCUUACAAAUGAAUGCAAAAGAUAAACAUGAUAAAGCAACAAAACAGACUCUUCAACGACUGCAAUACAUAUUACAUACAAGGGCCAUUAAGUUUCAUGAUUUUUUCAACAACUUACUGAAAACAAGCAAAAGAAGUUUCCACGAGAUGUUUAAGAAGACAUAUGGUAUUUUAUACGAACAGAACGCAAAUGUUUUUACAGAUUUAUUUGAAGAACUAGAAACAUACUAUACAAAAGGCUUGGGAAAUUUAGAUGAAGUUAUGAAUACAUUCUUUAACACUCUUUAUCAAAAAAUGUUUACUGUUUUGAAUAGUCAGUACAGAUUUGAUAAUAAGUACCUUGAAUGUGUGGGCCAGCAUAUGAAGGAAAUGAAACCAUUCGGUGAUAUUCCUCAAAAACUAGGAGUACAAAUAAAGCGCUCGUUUAUAGCUACUAGAGCCUUUAGUCAAGCUCUUCAGGUUUCGUCAGAAGUAUUAAAAAAAAUGCAACAGCUGAAAGCUACAGAUGAGUGUUCUGCUGCUCUCACGCGAAUGACGUUAUGUCCAUCAUGCAGCGGUAUUAACGAAAAAGUACUUGCUUGCAAUAAUAUGUGUGAAAAUGUAAUGAAAGGUUGUCUAACACAACACGCUGCACUAGAUUCUGACUGGAAUCAAUUCGUAGAAGCUGUAGACAAAGUAGCAGAAAGAUUACUUGGACCAUUUAACAUUGAACUACUUGUGCAACCAAUCAAUUACAAAAUUUCUGAAGCAAUAAUGAAUUUUCAAGAAAACAGUAACGAUGUAUCACAGCGUGUUUUUGCAGGUUGCGGACGGCCGGUAUUAGGUCGUCGUCGAAAACGGUCAGUUUUUAAUGAGAACAACAAUUUUGAUAAAUUGAAAUCUAUGAAUGUUCGCAAAGAUUUUGGUCCAAAAGCUAAUAAAAAGGAUGAAAAUGAUGAAGAAAAACAUCAUGAAAAGAAAGGCGAGGAACAUACUUCAAGUGUUAUUAUUUUAGAUAAGCUUGUUAAAGAAAUAAAACAGCGUAUUCGAGAUUCCAGACAGUUCUGGCUGUACCUUCCAUAUAAAUUAUGCAAUGAUGGACUUGUUGUACCACCUAGUAAUACUAAUGAUUGCUGGAAUGGCACACAUAUCGAUAAGGACGCAGCUGCUAUUGAUGUUGCCUAA